AUAUCCAGCAAGGCGUCCGACCCCUGCAGAUUUUGAGUGGAGGGGACGGACGCACUGCCGAAUCAACAAGGCGGAUGGGAAACGACAACAAUAGUUAUGAUGCCUGCUAGGUCGGGCGCCGACCCCGAAGCCCAAUGGCCGCCACGAUCGCCCCACGAUGUUCUCCUCAGCACACCCGGGGGACGCGAACGAUUGCGACGCAUGGCUGAGCGGGCGUCGCCAUCACCGUCCCCGAGUAAGCGAUCUCGAAUAACACCAAUCCUGCUCUCUCGAUCUAGUAACUCCCGGCGCAACAUCGUGGACGAUUUGGAUACGGAUAUGCGUAUGGAUGUGGACGAGGCCGAGGACGAAGACGAUGAAGAAGACGAAGAAAUGCUACAAUUAAAACUACAGGCCAUCCAAGCAAAGCUUAAACUAAAGAAAUUACAAAGCGCCAAGGCAAAGAAGGCAUCUGGAGGAGAUGCGACCUUAACUCGAACUGAAUCUAAUCCCAUACCGGAUAUUUCAAUAACAAGCCGAGCUCGAUCGCAAACAGAAUCAGUACGGCCACGACCGACACAACGAUCACGGUCUCAAACAGAAAUUCAGGUCCCAGUAUCACCGGUGAGAAGGGCGCCAGUAUUACAACCUGACUCGCCCAGUAGAGUACGUCUAGGUAUUGACAAGGGAAUCAAAGCGAAGGAUAUCUCCUUGAAGAGGGCACCAAGUCUGAGGAAAACUACAGAGAACAGUAAUGGGUCACAGGGAGGAGGUUAUCUUCGAAGAGCACAUACUCCCUCUUUCACCAAUGCCGAACAAUCUACCAAACAGGAACGCCCGAUGACUUUCAGCGAGCGGUUGGCCGCUGCCAGAACGGAGGAGCAAAGCCGACAGGAGAAGCGGGAAAGGAUAAAACAAGUAAGGACCAAUGCCUUUGAACUAGGUCGACAGGAAAUGGAGCAGUUCAAAAGCAAUGCGACCGAGAUACCCGACGUUCCAAUACAGCCGGAACAAUUUAGUCACGAAGAAGUCAUGGCUGGUAGUCGACUCAGACGUAGCAAUACAGUGCCAAGUUUAAGACGACCUACACAAGACGAGAAUCGAUCAGAGAGUAGCCUGGGGGGAGUAAGCGAUUCACAACCAAGUCAGAACAAGAAAGUAUCCCCUUCCGAAGUGCCGGAAGAGGAAACAUCCGCAUUUGAACCCUACUCAGCCGUUCACCUCUCGAAACGUGUAAUACCACAUCCAGUCCUCACACGGAACUUAUCAGGCAAGAAGACGUACGUGAUCAAGGACCUACUCAAACAUGUAAAGGCGCCCGAGUUUCAGCUCCCAGAGAUCGAGCAGGAUAUAGUCGUCUUCGGGAUCUUAGCUUCUAAAUCGGAACCACGCUCACAUAAAACAUCCAACCACAACCUGAAAGAAAAGGCACAGACCGACCCGGCCAAGGGAAAAUACAUGGUCUUACAACUCGUCGACUUACAAUGGGAGCUCGAACUCUUUCUCUUCAACUCCGGCUUCGACCGGUACUGGAAGCUAACACCAGGCACACUCCUCGCAGUCCUCAACCCGAACAUCAUGCCACCACCACCAGGCCGCACUGACACAGGGCGCUUCAGCCUCGUAAUCAACAGCGGUCAAGACACCAUCCUCGAGAUCGGGACGGCGCGCGACUUGGGAUUCUGCAAAUCGAUCAAGAAAGACGGCGAGCUGUGCAACGGGUGGGUGAACCGCAAGCGCACUGAGUUCUGCGAAUUCCACAUGAACAUGGGUCUAGCAAAGCACCGGCAAGCGCGACAGGACGUGAACGCAUUCAACACGGGUCUCGGCCCGCGCAAGGACCGGAACGCAAGCGGUAGCGGAGGCGGGCGCGGCGGGAAGAACUCGUACCGACUGCAUGACUGGGAAGCGCACCUCAACGACCCGAAAAAGAAGAGCCGCGGCAACUACGACCGCUCCACCGGCAGCCAGUGGUUCAUCAACAAGCCCAGCGCCGCCAGCAUGCUCGACAACGAGAUCGUCGGCGGCCACGUCGCGAACACCGUCGAGCGCAGCGAGGCGCUCCGGCGCCGUCUCGUGACUGAGGAGAAGGAGCGCGAGCUCAUGAAGACCCUGGGGAAGAUCGGGUCAGGCGCCGGAAAAGAGUACAUGCAGAAGGGCGGCACGAACACCAGUAAGAAUGGUGGGACUAGCACGCCUGGUGCUCUCGGCUGGGGCCUGCCCUCGGAUGAGCAGCCUAGACAAGAUGCCGAUGCUAAGACCUUGGGUCUGGUCCGUCCGAAGGGCAGUGAGCUGAAGAUGCAUCUUAGCCCCGUUAAGCGCAAGCGUAGCGACAACAGCUCGUUCAGUCUCGGCUUUUCCUCUUCUACUUCUGGCGGAACUGCCUCCGGGAGUAAACCGGCGUUAGGCUGGGGUGGAGGGUUGCGGGAUAAGCUGUCGCGCAUGAAAGAGGGGGAGAGGUUGCGGCCCGCGAGCUCGUUUGCUAAUUCUAGCUCGGUGGUGGAUAGGGAUAGGGAUGUAAGCGGGACCGACGACGGGGGUGGUGGAAGCGGAAGCGGUGGCAAUAGCAUGCGUCCCCCGGCCCGCAAGAAGACGCGGUUCGUCACCGCAAAGGGCAUCCGCGAGGCCGGGCGCGAGAGUCUAGGCGGGGAGCUGGGGUCGGCUGAUGGCGAUGCUAGCGCGAGCACGGAUUUAAACACGGUUUCCAAUUCCGGGGGUAGACAACGGAGGAUGGUUGUUCUUGACGAGGACGACGAUGAUGAGUUGGAGAUUCUCCGGUGAAGAUACGAGAGAGAGAAAGAGAGAGAGAGCCGUUGUAUACCCGAACAUUCCCAACCGUACCAUUAACAACCUACAUACCUACAUAAUUCCUUUUGUCAUUUACGCGUGCGGUACGAUACGGCAUCAAUAUCAAACAACCCGGAUACAGGCGAAAU